AAUGGGCGGGGCUUUGACAGCAGACAGCGCGAGUGUGAAGCGGUUGUGUAGGACGGGAUAUUUCUCUGAACUGAGAAGUGCUGUGUGUUUGUACUGGACCUGCAUUUGCACAGUACCGCUGAUAUGGAGCCCAGACAACAGGAGCUGUACUCUAGCGUACUUUCUUCUGAAGCAAUAGACUGGGAAGACAGUGAAACUUUUCAUGCAGGUUUAUUGGACAAAGAGCCUCUAAAGGAAGUGGAUGAGGACAUGGUGUCAGAGGUGGAUCUCAACAACACUGUCACAGAAGAGGAGCGAGAGGAAAUGGAGAAUGAACUGACUAAGUUAGAAGAAGAAAUCACUACUUUGAAACAAGUCCUGGCUUCCAAAGAAAAGCGUCACUUGGAUUUGAAACAGAAACUAGGGAUCACACCCUUGAGUGAACUACGACAGAACUUCAGCAAGAGCUGGUACGACAUGCAGACCAGCACUGCAUACAAAAAGACAUCUGAGACCCUGACCACAGCAGGACAGCGGACCUCAGCUGCCUUCAGUAACCUGGGCACUGCCAUCACCAGGAAGUUUGGGGAUAUGAGGUCAAAUUCUAUUGGCUAUUCUAUACGUCAUUCAAUGAGCAUGCCUGCAAUGAGGAACUCACCUAGUUUCAAGUCCUUUGAGGAGAAAGUUGAAAGCACAGUUUCAAACAUUAAGCAGUCAAAGGUUGGAGGAACGGGAGGUGCAGGCAGUUUUGAAGAGGUCCUGUCAUCAGCAGCCCACGCCAGUGCCCAGGACACCCCUACAAACAACGUAACCGAGAGCAGCGAGCGCUCAUGCUGAAGGUGUUAAUGGGCUACAGGUGGGACUCUGAUGCCCCCUAGUGGUUGAGAAACCACAGUGAAAAUUGCACCGGGGGCCCGAGACACAGUAACACAUGCCUUUCAGAUGUGUGCUGGUGGAUUAUCCGUCCAAAAUAUUUUGUACGGACGGAAAACAACCAAGUGGAGCAUGUUUUAUUCUUUAACUUUUCUUCAAAAUAUGUAUAUUUUUCAAGGAGACUGCCUUUGGUGUAGUCCUGCGUUACUUUAUUGUUAUUUAUACUAACUCAACUUUGUGUUAACAGUAACAAAGCAUGAUACAUCUCCAGGACCAAAUAUAAUGGCUGCAUAUCCAAUCCUAAAAGAAUUACUUGAAAGAAUGUUUAACAAAAUUGAUGUUAGACUUGCUUUUUUCCCGUCAUAAAUCUGUUCAUGCUCCUAUUCCUGCUGUAUACCCCACAACUAGAGCACAUGUUUGUCGAUAACAGAUGCAAACAGCUACUUAUAGAACAUGGAUUUAUGUUUUACUGCAGUUUAUUAGUCUAUCUAAUAUGCCUGUUGUAAAUUAUGAUUUGGUAACAAUAAUUGUCUCUGACCAAAAAUGUAUAGCAUUAUUAUGUCCUGUUUUUUUGUUUUUUUCUUCAUACAUUUUGUGUAAAAAUUGUUGCAGCUUUACAUAUUUAUCAUUGACAUUUAAGUCAAUUGUUGUUUUAAGGAAAAGGAUUUCAUAACUCAAAUCUUUCUUUAAUGCAUACUCAGUGUUGAGUUGAAUUCAUUAAUAACGUUAGUCAUUAAACGUUUUUUUGCAAAGUCACCAAGUCCCGGCUCAUCAGUCAUGAAAUAAAGUGAACUGAAUCACAAUCAUAAA